GUCGCCUGUCAACGUCAGCGGUGUCCGUACAUGUAUUUAUUAUUACAGCGGUGUUGCGUUAUUAGCAAGGCGACUCUACGCCGAGGCUAAACUAAGCUAGCAGUGUUGGGAGCAGCAAGUUAAUUGUAAGCUUAUGGCAGCAAUGGCCUCCGAGUGUUGUAGGCUAUGAGUGUGGGCGAUGGAGGACAAUCAAUGUGGGGACUUGGACUACAUGAUCCAAGAUGAGGACACCCUCAUUGAGGGUGUCAGCAACCAGGUCUUGUUUGUUGUGGUGCUCAGCAUCACCUUCCUUGCAGGCCUCCUCACUCUGCUCUGCAGCAGACCAGAUGAGCAGAACAUUCAUCCGGAGAAUCAGGAGCAUGUUCGAGCGGUCCGACAACAGCUCCAAACAGAGCAGGAUGAAAAUACUCAGGCGGAGGCCAGGCAGCAGUAUUACACGGACAUGUCUUGUCCUGUGUGUUUACAGCAGGCUGUUCUGCCUGUGGAAACCAAUUGUGGACACCUUUUCUGCGGCUCCUGCAUUAUAGCUUACUGGAGGUAUGGCACCUGGCUGGGUGCUAUUAACUGCCCCAUCUGCAGACAAAUGGUAACGUUGCUCUUCCCACUAUUUCAUGAGCAUGCCGCUCCUCAGAGUGUCCAGGAUGGCGAGGCAGAACCUGUCCUCAUAUUAAGAGACAUUAACGAUUAUAACCGCAGGUUCUCAGGCCAGCCGAGAUCUUUUAUGGAUAGACUGCGAGAUGUGCCCACCCUGCUUCGUCAUGCCUUUAGGGAGAUGUUUUCUGUGGGCGGCCUCUUCUGGAUGUUCAGGAUUCGAAUUCUCCUCUGCCUAGUUGGUGCGCUCACCUACCUGGCCUCGCCGCUCGACAUCCUCCCCGAGGCACUCUUCGGCCUCCUGGGAUUCAUGGACGAUUUUUUUGUGAUCCUGCUUCUCUUUGUGUACAUCUCUAUCAUGUACAGAGAGGUGGUCACACAGAGACUGAAUGGCUAGGGGCUCACUCAUAAAAGGAGGCCUCAGCUCACUCACAUCAGGCUCAGCGUGAGGCAGUAUCUGAGGUGGACGUGUAAAGGCUGAACAAAUGCUCAAAGGACAGUUGAUCAAUAAUGCUGGUUCACUUUGAAGCCUGGGAUGUUACCUCACUGCAGAGGGGCUAGCAAAAGGUUGAACUCUGAAUGUUGACUCCGUAUAUAUAAUUCACCAUCAAUGGCUCAGAGGUCGAAUGAAGUCGAGGCACACAACAAUACAGCAUAAGAAUGGCUGUGAAGUUGUAAAUGUCAACUUUGAACCAGACAGGGAAAUCGCUGAGAGACAGCCCUAACUGGACACCUAACAUCGCGACCGGCCGAUUCUAUAACAGCAUUGCCAAAAGUCAGUCAUUUGGUUAAUGUGCAAAUCAUCAUAAUGCAGACAGUUGUAUAAUAUAUGUAAUCUUGAAUGUACCAUAUUGAUGGCAGUGUCUUGUCUGCAUCUGGAUCGUUGACUGUCAGACAAAUUUGUGUUAGAACCAUCUUACUGUGGCUAUCACAGCCUGUUUGGUCAAUUAAAGUGAUGAUGCACUUAAUAUAAGUAACCUGUGACUAUGCAUAAUUCUUAAUGACUUGAAAAACACAGAUUUUCAUGCCUCUAACUGUUUACAAGUAUUGAUUAAAUCUGAACCUUUCUGCAUGCUUUCAUGUGAAGUGGUGACGCACAGGACAACCUGUUUGUUGCAAUAAUAACUUCUGAACCGGCAGAUUUUAAUUCAACAUAUAAAAGAGGAUUGUAAAAGGAAGGUGUCAAAGACUCGCCCAAGUUAUGAAUGUUAACUUACCAUUUCAAAGUUUACCAUGUCACUCUAAAGACAAUUCUCGGUUUGGAUGUUUGUCUCCUGUGCAGAUCUCACAGUCUUAAUCGGGUUCAAGAGUCAGUGGGUGAAUGACUCUAUGAACAUCUUAAAGCAUGGAACAUUGGAACAUUGGUUUAAAUCUGUAAGUAAAUAAAAAGCAAAAUAAUCAAUAUUUAAAAAAUGAAGUUAGCAUGUUGUGUGGUAUGUGGCAGUUACUUUUGUUUAUAUUUUGCAAAUGGUGUAUACUUACUUGGAGCACUAACCUUUUCUCUGGGACUAGAUGGAUGUAAAAUGAAUGAUUGAGUUCCUAUGCUAGUGCACAGUAAAUAUGGACUUCCCUAGCUUGUGUUGACCAGUCCAGCCAAAGGGAAAUAUCAAAUGUUGGGGUUUAUUUUAUCAGAUGAGAAAAAACAUUGAUAGAUUAAUUGAGACAAUCAUCAAGAGUAGAUAAUAUUUUAAAUCUAUAAAAAUAGAACUGUUAUUUCUGUUCCUGUUCCUAAAGUUACUGUGAGUCCAAGGGGGGUCCCGACCCUCCAGGCUAAAAAAAUGGCGGCUCCAGAGUGGUAACUGAAACUGUAUCCAGACCAUUUGCUUUCCUGGGGCUCUAUUUGCUGAGCUAGCAUUGGCCUUGGUGUUCGUUAAUAGUAGUUGAGGGUUGAGGCUCAUGUGGUGGAUCAACGGUCAACUGUAAAAUUCACUCAGUGUGAUUGACAGCUUCCCACAGAUCACCAAAAAAAGAGACCAUCAGUUGCCUCUUGGAAUGUUUUUUUUUUAAGGUGUGGCACAUGCAAACCUGCGUCAUACCUUUUCACUGUUCUUACUAAUUAGCGUUUUCCCUUGUCUCUGGGGUGUUCAAGCAGCCACCACCCUUUUGUUUUUGAUAGCCAAACAGUGCUGUAAAUGCUUCUGCUGUUCUAUAGCUGGGAACCGGUUAGGUGGGAGUUUUACUCUGGUGGGAAAAUACUGCAGCUGCUGGAAGAGUCAGUGCUUUGGUGCAGCCUGCAUCUGAAUUUACAACACAAGUGAUUUAUGACAUCAAACACCUCAAAAUACAUUUAGUAAAUAUGUAAUAUGAUACCAGGAUCUUCAUACAAGCUGACACCUACAAUAUACAAGUCAUUUAUGUUGCGUUCCCUAUUUCACUGUCUCCGCCUUUCUCAAGAUCAAGGAAUCAAGAAAAUGUAUUCAGCAUUAUACAAGACAAGGCUGUAAAACUAAAUUAAAGUUAGUAGUUCCUUUAUGCUAUACGCAGAAAAAGAUAAUUAAAUUCACAGAAUAACUUAAAAUAUAAAUAGAAUAGAUGAUUAAAAUAAAAUAGGAAUGAAUCAGGUGCAUGUUCAGUGAAGGGGUGUAGAUGAGACACCUCUUCGUACUAUAGUCUGCUUCCAUUUUAGCUGAAAGUCAGUGGGAUUGUUUUUGAGUUCAUUUAUUAAACUUUUGCAAUUACCCCUACAUGAGGUAUAAAUGUAGUCACAUGUUGCUUGCCAAUGUGUUUGUCUUGUUUCGGGAGCAAAUUGCCCUCUCCAAAUGUCAAAUCGACCGUGCUGUGAAAUCACAUGGCUGAAGGAAGAAUGCGCUCAAUAAGUUGUUCCCAACCUUUUUGUUUGUCUUUUCAAAUGAUGCAGUGUCUACAUAUGAUAUGUGUCACCUGUUAUGUAUGUCUGCCUGCAGUGACCUCUUUUACCAAAGUAAUUGUUUUAUACCGUGUUAUAUUUUAAUACACUUUAGAGUCCUGGAGAGGCACAAGUACAACAGAAAUGUAAUUUUGUGUAUGCUAAAUAUAUUUUGUGCUUUCCUAUGCUGGUAAUCAUCUUAUGACCCCUUUAAUUUAACCUGCUACCAUAGGUUGGGAACCACUUCCCUAAAUUACUAUAAUGUCAGAAACAUAACAGGUGACUUUUAAGUUAUUUUUUGCCCACAUCUUUUCUUUCUCCUGGGGUGUGUGGCCCUGAAUGUCCCAAGAUGACUGCGUG